CUGUAUAUUUGUUUUUGAUCAGCAAGCAGACGAUGAGCAGUUUUCAYACAACACUUUUSUCKUUGUUUCUUCGUGCUAUCGUGCUAUUUGGCUUAACAAUCGCUGGUGAUACUAAAUGUGGUAACYCUAGGGAUGCACAGAUAACCAUAAACCUGAUUGGAGAACCAGUGUGUAAAAUCAAUAUCACUUGGACAUCAUUAUGCAACCAAACAUUGGAACGCAUAUAUUAUUAUAAAUUGUCAAGUCACAAAGUAUGUAACUCGAAGAUCUUGAAUACCAAUCAGUUGGGCGAUCCACAUUGCACAACAAGGUCUUAUAAACCUGGUGACAUACACCACUGUAUCUUGGGCAACAAAUCUCUCUAUGAUUUGGGUAUCAAGUUUGCACGUCAAGAAACUAUAUGUAUAGUCAAAGAAACCAGACUUCAAAACAAAACUUGGUAUACCUUUAAUGAAUGUUCUGGAUUUGUUGACUCUUAUGAUUCACACUGCCUUAAUACUUGUCCAGCACCUGAUAAUGUUCACAUAGAAGCUUCCCUAAGGAGAACACUGAACGUCAUUUAUGACGCACCAAAGUGCAUAACUGGGAAGUACGCUAUUCUCGAUAUAGGGUUCAAGAUUGCAUAUAGACCAGUAAAGACAUCUACUUCAGAAGAUUUGCAGACAAUUACUCAUGAAAUCACUGAUGUCAUGAAAGGGUUCGCUGUGAAAGAUAAUCUCUAUAAUAUUGAGAACUUAUAUCCGGGAACGUUAUAUCAGGUACAUAUGUGUUGCUUUUUCAAGACAAAUCCAGGAAGAUGUCCUAUGUCUAAGAAAUAUUUUGCCAGAACACUCGAAGAAGCACCAUCCAAGCCUCCYAUAGUUACGACUGCACUAUUGGAGAAAGGAACCCUAAAAAUCAAGUUCAAGCUUCCUCUGCGUAACACACGAAACGGCCGUCUCGUCAUGUAUGAAUUAAACAUUUGGAGAAGUACUAUCAACUGUUCAAUUGUCUACAAAAGAACUAUUACAAAGAUUAGCAACAUCUCAGCCGAAGAUAUCAAGAGAGGCGAUAUCAAUGUCACUGUCCCACUGCCUUAUGGCAAAACGUUUUGCUGUCGUGUCAAAGUGGGCACUGCUUCUGGAUGGAGUCCCUGGUCCCGCGUUCAUCCCAUGCAAGAUGUACAGAAAAACGUAGCAAGAAAAGCGCAAACCUUCAAGAGUGAAAACAUCAUUGCCAUUGCGGUUGGCGUUGCUUCUGUUGUCGUGGUGACAAUUAUCAUAACGAUACUCUAUAAGACCCGGAGAAUGACCUCAAACACCAGGGAAGAGCUUCCAACCGAGAUAGCGCCGGGGCACUCGACGAGCACAAUGUACAUUGAGGAACCAACUGACAAUGAGUAUGCAUCAGUAGGGGGAAAUGAUCAAAAACAACUUUUAAAUAAUUAAGCGCCAUAUUGCUAAAAUGGUGAGGCACAAAUUCACGUAACCAACUUCCAUGGUUCCUCAGUGUAGAUCCAGGUGUAGAUCUUAAAACUGGAUGUUUGAGUAGGGAAAAAGACAU